AGACUCUUCCAUCGUUAGGAUCCCGGCGCCGGGUCCCGCGGGGGAGGAAGCCCGAGCCUGAGCGAGAACAUGAAUGAUUGGGUGCCCAUCGCCAAGGAGUAUGACCCCCUUAAAGCUGGCAGCAUCGAUGGCACAGAUGAGGACCCCCAUGACCGCGCGGUCUGGAGAGCCAUGUUUGCACGGUACACCCCCAACAAAGGCGUCACGGGGGACCCCCUCCUCACCCUGUUUGUGGCAAGACUCAACUUGCAGACCAAAGAGGAGAAGCUAAAGGAAGUGUUUUCUCGCUACGGAGACAUCCGGCGGCUUCGGCUGGUGAGGGACUUGGUCACGGGCUUUUCCAAGGGCUACGCCUUCAUCGAAUACAAAGAGGAGCGCUCCCUGCUCAAGGCCUACCGGGACGCCGACGGCCUGGUCAUUGACCAGCACGAGAUAUUCGUGGACUACGAACUGGAAAGGACUCUCAAAGGGUGGAUCCCUCGGCGCCUCGGAGGAGGUCUCGGGGGGAAGAAGGAAUCUGGGCAGCUGAGAUUUGGGGGGCGGGAUCGGCCUUUUCGAAAACCCAUUAACUUGCCAGUUAUGAAAAGCGACCAGUACAGAGAGGGGAAAAGGGAAAAGAGGGAGCGAUCCCGAUCCCGAGAGAGACACUGGGAGUCGAGGACGAGGGAUCGGGACCAUGACAGGAGCCGGGAGAAGAGGCGGCAGGAAAGGGAGCCGACCAGGGCCUGGCCUGAAAGUGACUGGGAGAGAGAGAGGGACUUCAGAGAUGACAGGGUCAAGGGGAGGGAGAGGAGGGACAGAAGUAAGUAGAAGCUCAUCACCCCCACCCAGAGCCCAGAGGAAGGUUCAGCAGAAGUGAAAGCGUGGAGAGAUCUGUAUUGCUUUUAUACAGCUUAAGUCCAAUGCUGAAUAAAGAUCAUAAUGCCCUG